UCUGCCCCCGUAAGAUUUUUGGUGUCACCGACGCGAAGGCGUAAUGCAACUUUGCCGAAAGCUCAGGCGCGGAAGUGCUCAUGAUGCGAACUGAUCGGUGGUUCGUGUUGUUUAUUCUGGUGAUCUGUUGGGGUCUGCCAAGCCAAGAGGGGGUUGAUCGUGGAUUUUCGAAUGUGAGAACGGUGCUUUUCAGGGAGAUGGACUUGGAGAAGGACUGCUGGGAGCGCAGCGAUGUGGCGCUUCUUCUGGCCAGGCGCCUCACGCAGGAGCUCGUCCCUAACAGGAUUCCUCUGGAUCCUGUCCGCAUGAGCGAGUAUUUUGAGCUUGCCGAAAGAACCGUCCGAGAGGUUCCCGCACACAGUGCCGCCCGGCGGUUGCUCUACGCUGCUUUUGCUGAUACGGUAGGUGGUUACCUCAAGACCUACGGUUUACCGCUCGCUAAAGAAGCUUAUUAUGAAGGGAAAAUUAAUUACCCACAGAUGAAACGUUUAUACGACCUAGCAAGCAGAUUGAAGGAAAGUUUAGGCACUGAUGGGAAAGGCUGGGGAGAUCCAGUAAGUUUGAGCGGAUUCGCGCGGAGAGCAGAAUCUUUAGAACUCUCGGUUGCCGAUGUCGAAGAUCCCUGUCAAGCCCUCAUCACCCAAGAAUUUAGAGCUCCCAGGGGGUUCUCGAGUGAUGCAUCGCGUGAGGAUUUUCAUUUGACUCCAAGCGACUUGAAAAUUCCGCUCCCAUUUCUGGACGACGAUGACAAACCCCGUGCUAUGGCUGUGCCUCUCAAGAGGCGCAGUCUGUACAGCUUGUCAAGUUCCGCCUCUGUUGACGUUCUCAUCAGAUACUACACAACGAGCGUUUUGUGUCUCGACAACAAGGCGAAGGACUUCCUGAGACCCAGUCAAGAGAGUCGAGAGAAAACCUUCCCUACUCAAUGUUUUCAAGGGAAAUACUAUAAUCCUAUUAAGACGUUUCAAGUCCAGUUUUACCGUUGGAUUAUUACUAAGAUUAUCCCGCGUUUAGAGGAUGAAACUUGGUACGUUGGGUUUGGCGGAGUUUUACGAAUCAUUGAAACAAUCAAAGAGGAAGGUUUUCAUGACUCAAAUGUAGCAUGUGCCAUUCCAAGACGUUUGUCACCCCCAAUUAAUUUUGGCUCCGGAUUUUCGCCACGAAGCAGCUCCUCUGCUCUGGAUUAUCUUAACCACUACAUGCACUAUGGAUUACCCAAAGACGCAUCAAAACCUGAUGAUAGCCUCCCCGAAACCGUGUCAACUAUCGAGCUUCCUCCAAAAAUUGAAGUGGCGUCCCCCAAUAAGCGUUUGGUGGACAUUCAGAGCUCCCGAAAAAGCCUCGUGAGCGAUCGUCACGCGAACAGAAGUGCAUUUGUGAACCGUCCGAAAAUACUGUCUCACAUUCCGGAACAUCCGAGCGCAGUCUUUUAUUUGUGCACGGUCGUCCUCCUCGUCCUCUCGUUUUGGCUCAUCUCUUGCGUUUCCUUCGUAUUUUGCAAAAUAUUCCAUGGUCGCAACUUCAGGAGGGCAGAAGAUAGCCUCCUCACUUUAGAAAAAAAUGAAGACUCAUUUAAACUUCUUGCAGAUUCAGAAGGUUCUGAAGAAGGACGAGGACCAUCUACUGAGGAAGAGUUGAUGCGAUGUUUUACUGAAAAGAGGUACUUCGGAACUCUGAGUCAAUUGAAUCUCUCUACGUCGGAUUCGUACGAGAAGCUAUCAAUGGACAACGACGAGGACAUAGCGGUGAGCAGUGUCGGAGAUUCGUUCACUCUCUCUGACGAAAGCAAAGUUACACUCGGACAACAGGACAUGGUCAAAUUUGAAAACGAUGACACCGUUCUUUGCGAAACCGAGACUCAAAAACGGAGCCACUCAAAGAAAAGCCAACCCUGAUCGGAAUCGGAUUACCAGCAGUGGAGUUAAUUGAUAGCCAGCAGUAGCUUGUGGUUGGUUCAAAGAUCAAACCAUCCCUUCAAUCUUCCAGCAUUCAGCAAGGUAACUUUUUCCGGAGCAGAGGAGUGGAUCAGCGUUUGCAACGUCGUGUCAGUUUUAGUUUUCUUUUUGUGUAUUCAGACGAGGCACAGUAAAUUUGACUGUGCAUAUGGAGAUGGAAAAAACUUGUUUGUUUAUCUACCUACUUAUUAGUUUUUCAUUUAGGAGAUGGUGUAGAGAGUCUCAUCCCCUGGCAAAAAUUGGCUGGGCAAUAGUAUUUUGGAACAUAGUCCGGCUAUAGGAUUUUUUAUUGUCUCCAUAGCUUGGUUAUGGGAUUUGUUAUUGACCGUAUGGCUAGGCUAUAAGAGCCAUAAGAUAUCCUAUGGCAGAUAUCUUUCAAAAUUCUAAUACACAACCAAUUUUUACGAGGAUCGUUCAUUGGUGAGUAAAAUUCUUGACAAGAGUCAGCGUUAAUCAAUGCAGACUUUGUUUAUUUUCUAUUGCAGAUUCGUCCUUAAUCAUUCUUGAGAAGAAUCCUUUAAGUAAUUUAACUAUAAGCUCUUUUUGUGAAAAAAAGGAAAGAAUCAUGCAUGAACGCAGUGCGAGGGAAAAAACAUUCGGGAACUUGGGUAGAACUGAAAAUGAGAGCAAUUUCUCGAAGUUGUUGAAAAUCGUUUGUUUCAUUACUUAGACUUAUUGGACUUCAUUUCAUAAUUGUAUUUAAACUUGGAAUUUGAAAAAUUGAACAGUCGUGUUCUUUAGAAAUCUUGAAUAUGUGUGACGGUUUAAUUAAAAAGCCACUUAAGUAAUUGUGUGCAGGAAGAACUGACUUCAUAAAUUAUCAUUGUCCUUUUUCAUCCUGGACCUUUAGUUUCCACACUUCAGUUAUUAUUGAAAAAAAUUUGUCGAAAAAUUGCUCACCCCCUAGUGAGACUUUUGAUAGACGCUAAGAUACUCUCGCACCGUACGUGUAUUUUACAUCAUUAGAAUAUUAUUCGGUGUAUAAGAUAUUCGAUUUCUCGAUAUUAUUCCGUUACUCUGUUUUGCAAGGUUCUGAACGAAUUUGAUUCCGUAAAUGUUUGUACUUUCUAAGCACAACGAUACUUUUUUUUGUAGAUAAUACGAUAAUACCUACUGGCUAAUAAACUCAUUU